AUGGCCGUUUGCCGCGGCUUGUGCGAGUUUGGGGCAAGACUCCCGAUAAGUUCCUGUUUUUUCCGUCGCAAACUCCCUCAAAGGGCAUUCAGUGGAAGUGAAAAGACGUACUCGCUGGUGACCCUUCUUAAGGACACCGACGAAAGGGCCAGAAACAAUCCGACGUGGUAUUUGGCAGCCACCUUGGUCUACAGCUGGGACCGUGCGCAACCGGUAUCUCAAAAACAUGCGUGUCCCGAAGCCUUGGAGUGGGCAACCUAUAAGAAAAGUUUAGUCAAAGAUAGUCGCCGGUCAUGUUUGGAUGCGAAUAAACCGACGUGCGGAAUCUGGUACCAAGCGGUGAUGGAACCCGAUCAACAGCUGGCAGGAGAGAUGGAGGAGGAUAAGCUGACUGCAUCUAAGAUGGAGGAGGGUGCUCAAUGGAUUAAUAACUCAUCCGUGAAACAAUGUAAUGAAUGUAUCAUCAAAAUCUGGCCACGGCACAACGGCCUCCAGUUUCACCAUGCACGCCUUAUAGUCCGCGAGAAACUACUUGUCAUGUUCACUCAGAAUAAUGCAAGCGGUUCCGUCUCAUAUGUAUCCGCGGAUCUGGGGAUCGUUGAGUUUACAUCGUUACUCAAUUGA